CUGCUGGCAAUAAUCCACAAUUUUUCGCCUCAGGAUACUGACCAGAUAAGAUAGCGGAAGGAACUCCAAAAUGCAGGGAGGAGCCUCCUCGCUGGAUUUCUCCACCUUCCACUGCUCUGCAGUUCAUCAUCCAUCUGCCACUCCGUGAUCAGCGGGAUUGCAACGCUCGAACGAGAAACCACUGAGGAGCAAUGGAAAACUUGAUAAUCCCAUGCAAAUCGAGGCUUCCUGUGGUGGUACCACCACCACCACCACCACCAUCAACACCACAGCCCAAACAAGACACCCCAUUAGAAUUCACCACUCGGCCCUUCAUUUCUCUCUCUAGAAAGACCCACCCAAGAAUGGCCGAUGCCCACUUGAACUACCUCUGCCGCAAGGGUCAUCUCCGCGAGGCCAUCGCCGUUCUUGAUUACGUCGGCCAGAACGGGCUCAAGGUAAGGCCUAAUACGUACGCGAAAUUGGUCGAGUCUUGCAUCGCCGAGAAUUCUAUCCAGUUGGGUCGGAAGGUGCACGCCAUGGUGGACUUGGUCGAGGUUUUGCCCCUGUUUGUGGAGACUAAGUUGGUGGGUAUGUAUGCAAAAUGCGGGAGCUUGGACGAUGCGCGAAAGGUGUUCGAUGGGAUGCUUGAGAGAAACUUGUACACGUGGUCCGCGAUGAUCGGGGCUUACUCGAGAGAGAAGAGGUGGCGAGAAGCAGUUGACAUGUUCUACUUGAUGGUGGAGGAGGGUGUUAUGCCAGAUGGUUUUUUGUUCCCUAAGAUUUUGCAGGCUUGUGGGAAUGCUGGUGACAUUAGGACCGGGAUGCUCAUCCAUUCUAUAGUGAUUAAAAGUGGAAUGUGCAGCCAUGAGCGUGUCACUAACACAGUUUUAGCUGUCUAUGCAAAGUGUGGAGAAUUGAACUCGGCCAGGAGGCUUUUUGACAGCAUGGAACACAAGGAUACAGUGACUUGGAAUUCUUUGAUAUCUGGGUAUUGCCAGAAGGGAGAGAUGGACGAAGCUUAUAGACUGUUCGAUGCAAUGCAAAAAGAGGGAACUAAACCCGGUUUGGUGACUUGGAAUGUCUUGAUUGCUGGCUACAGUCAGAUGGGGAAAUAUGACGUUGCCUUGGAACUUAUGAGCAAGAUGGAGAGUCAGGGCUUGGUUCCUGAUGUGUUCACUUGGACUUCUCUAAUAUCGGGAUUCGGUCAGAAUAAUAGGCAGAGUCAAGCACUAGAUCUGUUUAGAGAGAUGCUGAUGGUGGGCAUCAAACCAAAUGGUGUCACUAUCACGAGUGCCAUUUCAGCUUGUACAUCAUUACAAGCAUUGAACAGGGGGAAAGAAGUUCAUUCUGUUGCCGUUAAGAUGGGUCUGGGGGAUAAUGUGCUGGUUGGGAACUCACUCAUAGACAUGUAUUCCAAGCGCGAGGAAUUGGAAGCUGCUCGAUGGGUUUUUGAUGUGAUCAAGGACAAAGAUGUUUACAGUUGGAACUCGAUGAUUAAAGGAUACUUCAAUGCUGGUUACGGUGGUAAAGCCCAUGAAAUUUUCCUCACAAUGCAGGAAUCGGAUGUACGACCUAAUGUUAUUACAUGGAAUGUAAUGAUAUCGGGGUAUAUGCAAAAUGGAGAUGACGAUCAAGCAAUGAAUCUCUUCCAGAGGAUGGAAAAAGAUGGUAAGGUAAAGCGCAAUACCGCAUCCUGGAAUUCGCUCAUUUCUGGUUACACUCAAAAUGGGCAAAUGGACAAGGCUUUGGGAAUUUUCCGAGAAAUGCAAUCUCUCCAUGUUUCAUUAAAUUCUGUUACAGUUUUGAGUGUCUUGCCUUCCUGUGCAAACUUGAUAGCCGUAAACAAGGUAAAAGAAAUUCAUGGUUGUGUGGUGCGGAGGGAUUUAGAAUCUGUUCUCUCUGUUUCAAAUUCGCUCAUAGAUACUUAUGCCAAGUCAGGGAAGAUUGAAUAUUCAAGAAGAUUAUUUGAUAGGGUUACAUCGAAAGACAUCAUCACCUGGAACUCAAUGAUUGGUGGUUACAUAUGGCAUGGCUGUCAUAGAUCUGCUCUUGAUCUGUAUGAUCUAAUGAGGCAGUUUGGAUUGAAACCUAAUAGAGGUACUUUUCUUAGUAUCUUAAAUGCAUAUAGUCUGGCUGGGUUGGUGGAAGAGGGAAAACGGGUAUUUUCUACAAUUACUGAAGAGCAUCUGAUUGUGCCUGCAUUAGAACAUUAUAUAGCAAUGGUGGAGUUGUAUGGUCGUGCUGGAAGGCUUGGGGAAGCAGUAGAAUUUAUUGAGAAUAUGCCACUAGAACCUGACUUUUCCAUCUGGCUUGCUCUGUUAUCUGCCUGUAGAAUCCAUAAGAAUAUUGCCCUGGCAGUCCUGGCAGCAGAGAGGUUGCUUGAAUUUGAAGUGGGGAAUCAUUCAAUUUACCAGUUGUUAUCGCAAACAUUUGGUUUAUAUGGAAAAUCUGAGCAUGCUCUAAAACUGAAAAGGCUUGAAAAGGAUGCUUUAGCAAGAAAAUCGCCAGGAGAGAGUUGGAUCAUCAAGGGAAAUAAAGUCUAUAGAUUUAUUGCCGACUGCUCCACACCAUAUUUUGAGCAUCUGCAUUCAUGGCUACGGGAAAUUGAGGAAAAAGUAAGGGGAUUUGAAUCUUACGACAGGCUAUGCAUUGAGGAAGAGGAGAAAGAAGAAACUGGUCGAAUCCACAGUGAGAAAUUGGCCAUAGCUUUUGCUCUUGCUGGCAAAUACCGUGCACCUCAAACCAUAAGGAUCAUGAAAAACUCUAGAAUGUGCGUGGAUUGUCACAAGACAGCUAAAUACGUGACUCUCUCCUAUGGCUGUGAGAUAUAUUUGAGCGACUCAAAGUGCCUCCACCAUUUCAAAGAUGGUGUUUGCUCUUGUCGAGAUUAUUGGUGAAUCUAAUGGCACGACCUGAAAUUUGUGUUUCCGGGAUUGAUCUAACAUCAGUUUUGACAAAGAGUUAGAAACUAUUCAAGACAGAGAUAUCUUGACCGAGUACUUACAUAUGAUGAUGUACUUGACUCCAUCUUCUUAAUCAUGUAUUCACAAACGUUCUUGAUCCUUUCAGAAAAUGUAUAUAGAAAGUUUUGGCAAAUCAGUAACUGUUUAUAUCCCUACA